GAAUGACACUGGUGGAUGCUUCAAACUGCUCCGCCACGGUGUGACACGAGACGGGGCAAAGGGACCUGGGGUCUGACUCUGCCCAUGUCCCUUCUUAACAUUUGCAAUAAGGAAGGAUGGUGUUUUGCAAAAUAAAUCCAAUUGGCAACUUUCUAAAAUUGUACCCCUUCUGAAAGGUAAUUAAGAUCUUUCCUCAGGCUUUAUUUCCCAGCUGAGCCAUCGUUGCAACAGACUCCUGCCGCAUUAGGGAUAAAGCAUCUUCCAGUUCAAACGGGCUAGAGACCAGCUACAGGCUUGUUCCACCUGCUCAAGCACUAACCGGGGAGCCGGGUUGCUCUGUUUAGCCAUUUUUGCUAGCUAGACACUGGAUAAAUGGAUGGACACUUUUAUGGUGCGGGAACCGCAGGGGUGGCCGGCAGAAAUGUAAUUGCGUCCAUCCUGCCAUGCAUGCCAGGGUAGCAGGGGCAGGGCUGUGUGGCACCCACCUUGCCAUGCAUGGCAAGGGGCAGGGCUGUAUCGCAUCCGUUGUGCAUUGCAUGCAUAAGUAGCAAGGGCAGGGCUGUAUUGCAUCCAUCCUGCCAUGCAUGGCAGGGGCAGGGCUGUAUUGCAUCCAUCCUGCCAUGCAUGGCAGGGGCAGGGCUGUAUUGCAUCCAUCCUGCCAUGCAUGCCAGGGUAGCAAGGGCAGGGCUGUAUCGCAUCCACCCCUGCAAUGCAUGGCAAGGGGCAGGGCUGUAUCGCAUCCGUUGUGCAUUGCAUGCAUAAGUAGCAAGGGCAGGGCUGUACUGCAUCCAUCCUGCCAUGCAUGGCAGGGGCAGGGCUGUAUUGCAUCCAUCCUGCCAUGCAUGCCAGGGUAGCAAGGGCAAGGCUGUAUCGCAUCCAUUGUGCAUUGCAUGCAUAAGUAGCAAGGGCAGGGCUGUACUGCAUCCAUCCUGCCAUGCAUGGCAGGGGCAGGGCUGUAUCGCAUCCAUCCUGCCAUGCAUGCCAGGGUAGCAAGGGCAGGGCUGUAUCGCAUCCACCCCUGCAAUGCAUGGCAAGGGGCAGGGCUGUAUCGCAUCUGUUGUGCAUUGCAUGCCAGGGUAGCAAGGGCAGGGCUGUACUGCAUCCAUCCUGCCAUGCAUGCCAGGGGCAGGGCUGUAUCGCAUCCAUCCUGCCAUGCAUGCCAGGGUAGCAAGGGCAAGGCUGUAUCGCAUCCGUUGUGCAUUGCAUGCAUGAGUAGGAAGGGCGGGGCUGUAUUGCAUCCACGCUGCCACGCAUUGCAGGAUGGAUGCGAUACAGCCCUGCCAUACGUGCGAGGGUAGCAAGGGCAGGGCUGUAUCGCAUCCACCCGGCAGCGCGUGGCAGGGCUGCCGGGUGCAGGGUCGGACCCGGCCCCUUCCCUCCCCGCGCCGGCGCCGCUGGCCGCGGCCGGGAGCCGUUUCGCGGCGCACGUCUGUUGGCUCCCGCAGCCUCGCGGCGCGCGGCCCCUGCCCGACGCGGCUCCGCUUGGCUGCGUGUGUCGCCCCGCGGCGCCGCUGCUUGCCGGCCCGGCCCGGGGCUGCCCGCGCCCUCCCUCCCUCCGUGCCGGGCCCGGGCCCGGGUCGCGGCGCCGCGGAAGACCCGCGCGGCGGCGGUUGCCCGCGCCGGGAGGCGGUUGGAGCGGGGCCGGCCCCGAGCAUCCCCCCAGGGGCAUCCCCCGCCCGGCCCCGGGCAGCUGCUUGGCCCCAGGGCUCCCCGGGGCGGCACACAACCAACCCCCGAGCCCCCCGCUCUGCCACGGCAUCCAUCACUACCCGGCGACCGCCGUCCCCAAACCAUGUCGGGGCCCGGCGCCAAAGGGCGUCCAGCUCUCCUCUCCCCGGCGACGGGGCCCGAAGGCCCCUUGGGCGAGCACAACAUGAGCUUCACCACCACGGACCUCAACCUGGUGGAGAUGACGGAGAUCGAGUACACCCAGCUGCAGCACAUCCUCUACUCGCACAUGGAGGCGCAAGCCAACGAAGGGGACACGGACGCCAGGCUCAAUUCGGCGCUCUUCUCGGCGUGCGAAGCCGCUCCGCACCAGCCCGCGGCGAGCGCCGGUCCCUCCGGCUAUUCCUCCGCCAACCCGGCGGUGUACCCGGCGGUUUGCCAGUCGGGCUUGGCGCCCGAGAGCGGUGGCACGGGGGCAAACCAGUGCUUGGGUCAUGUGGACUUUCAGGAGCUCCGAAUGAUGCUGCUGAGCGAGUCCAAUCUCCCCGCCGGCCAAGGAGAUAAAACGCCCAACGCUAGCCGCGUAGACGUCGCGGGGCACGGUUUAGCGAGGGUGAAACACGGCGAAAAAGAAAACGUCCUUCCUGACCGUUCGCCGCCGGCUCCUGAGCCGCGAUCGAAAUCCGCCGUCCGCGUCCGGCUGGAAGACCGGUUCAACAGCAUCCGGGCGGAAAACCCGAGGUGUCAGGAGCCCCAAGAACCUGGAGCGACUCUUAACAAUUUAGUAACGCUGAUUCGUCAGCCGUCGGAGCUGAUGGGGGUUCCUCUUCACCAGCAGCCAAACAAAUGUACGACGUUGGUGAAAAAUAAGACCACUGCUACAACGACUGCCCUGCAGUUUGCAUAUCCGUUAUUUACCAUGAAUGCGAGUUCUAGUACUGGAAACGCCAACCCUUCGCAAACACAGAGCUCGGGGGCAUCUUGUACUACCGUGGAAGCUGCAAAACACCAAGACCUCGGAUUACCUAGGGCUUUUUCUUUCUGUUAUCAUCAGGAAAUCGAAUCCACUAAACAGACAGUAGGUGCAAGGAAUAAAGCUUUGCCUGAGCAAGUUUGGAUUAAAGUUGGAGGCGCAGAAUCCGGAUUUGCUGUGAUGAAUUGAAUUUUCUCGUUCCCUUCUGCACCGCUGAUACCGAUAAGGCAACGACCCUACAGUGGACAACAGCAUUUCUGAAGUACAUUCAA